AUUUUAGCUCUUUUUUUUUUUAUUAUUAUUAUUGAAUAGAGUGUUUAUACGCAUACACGUAUAUACAACCACAUAACCUCUCUAUACAUAUAUAUAUAUUCAUAAGAAAGUUUUACUCUUUUGUAUCCUGCUUUAUUCUUUUUUUUUUUUUUCAACUUCAACAAAAUGAUGCUUUAUAAGAUAGUCGUACUUGGUGAUGGUGGUGUAGGAAAGACGGCAUUGACUAUACAACUUUGUUUGAAUCACUUUGUUGAGACAUAUGACCCUACCAUUGAAGACUCUUAUCGAAAACAAGUUGUUAUAGAUGAUCAGCCUUGUGUACUUGAAGUAUUAGACACAGCUGGACAAGAGGAAUAUACCGCUUUACGUGAUCAAUGGAUACGUGACGGUGAAGGAUUUUUAUUGGUGUAUUCGAUAUCAUCCAGAUCAACAUUUGAUCGAGUGGAACGAUUCCGUGAUCAAAUCUUUAGGGUGAAGGAUGUGGACAAUGUACCUAUGAUACUGGUUGGCAACAAAUGUGAUAAGAUUACUGAACGCGAAGUGUCUCGGGAAGAAGGAUUUCAAAUGUCAAAGCAUUUGGGUUGUGAAUUUAUUGAAACAUCUGCAAAAACAUGUGUCAAUGUGGAACGAUCCUUUUAUACUGUUGUUAGGACAAUUCGUGCAAAUCGAGAAGGAUCUAGUCAAAACAACAAUUACAAGAAACGAAAAAGCAAGAAGUGCACCAUUCUAUAAUCUACUCGUAUAAUCUUUUUACUCUUAUCUAUUCUCCUUAUUGUCAUUUCAUAUUUUUUCUCCCCUACUUUAUCCAUCUUCCCCUCUUUCACCUUUU